AUGAUCACAUCAAAUCAUUCCUUUAUGACUGAAUUUAUCCUUGAUGGGUUAACAGAUCACCCAGAGCUCCAACUACUAUUCUUCCUACUGUUCCUUGGAAUAUAUAUGGUCACAGUGGUGGGGAAUAUGGGCAUGAUCAUUUUAAUUGCUAUCAGUUCUCAACUUCAUUCUCCAAUGUAUUAUUUUCUUAGUCAUUUGUCAUUCAUUGAUCUCUGUUAUUCCUCUGUCAUUACCCCCAAGAUGCUAGUGAACUUUGUGUCAGAAAGGAACAUUAUCUCCUUUCUGGAGUGCAUGGCUCAGCUUUAUUUCUUCCUUAUUUUUGUAAUUGCAGAAGGUUACCUUCUGACAGCCAUGGCAUAUGACCGCUAUGUUGCUAUCUGUAGUCCACUGCAUUACCAUAGCAUCAUGUCUCACAGGGCUUGUUCCACAAUGAUGGGUAUAGUAUAUACACUGGGUUUGCUUGGGGCCACAGUUCAUACCACCUGCAUGUCAAUGUUGUCCUUCUGUAGGUCUCAUACUGUCAGUCACUAUUUUUGUGAUAUUCUUCCUUUGUUGGCUCUCUCUUGCUCCAGUACCUAUAUCAAUAAGAUUCAGCUAUUUAUUAUUGGAGGCAUUAAUACCUUAGCACCCACUCUGGUUAUUUUCAUUUCUUAUGCUUUCAUUGUUUCCAGUAUCCUUCAUAUUCGCUCCACUGGGGGCCGGUCCAAAGCCUUUGGCACUUGUAGCUCCCAUCUAAUCGCUGUGGGGAUCUUUUUUGGGUCCAUAACAUUCAUGUAUUUCAAGCCUCCUUCUAGCAAUAGUAUGGAACAGGAGAAAGUAUCCUCAGUGUUUUACACCACAGUGAUCCCCAUGCUAAAUCCUUUGAUCUACAGCCUGAAGAACAAGAAUGUGAAGAGCGCACUGAGGAAGGUGGUUAGUGGAAAAUAG